UCGGAUUUGAGACUCUCGGAGGCUGAGAUAAGGACGUGUUCUCCGGAGAGGGAGAGAGUCAGAGGCCACGUUUUUUGGGGGGACAAAAAAAGUUUUCUUCACAACAUUGGUGGAAAUCCAACCAGGUUGACGUGUCACCAUGACAACAGAAGCCGGGUCUGAGACAGAGAUAAAGGAGAAAGCAGAGGGAUCGGUUGCUCAGCCUGACCAAUCAGAGGCCACAGAGGAAAACCAGGAAGUAGUCAACUCUGAGAGCGCAACAACAGAGGGAGUGGAGGAAAAGAAGGAGAAGGAGAAAGAAGGCAAAGGAAUCUCUCGGUUUCUGCCUCCAUGGCUUAAGAAGCAAAAGUCUCAAGGCCAGGUUGUGCCCAAGGAGACCUCUCCCACCAAGGAGGUCCCAUCCACACAGGAAGAAGUUGGCAAGGUUAAAGAAGAAGAGGAAGAGCCUGCCCCAGAAUUGAACGGUCACGCAGAGGAAGUGGAAAAGAUAGAGGAAGUUAAGUUAGAGGAGUUUAAGGAGAAAGAGGCGGAGUCUCAUUCCAACGCUAGUGCCGACACCCAGCCUGCCAAGGAGGAAAAGAUAGAGGAGAACAUUGAGGAAAUUCCUGAGGAGACCAAACCGGCUCCAGAGGGGGAAGAGCAGGCGGAGGAGCACCAGCAGCAGCAGGAGGAGGAGAAGAAGGAGCAGGCAGAAGAGGUAGAGGGGCAAGGAGAGGGAGGAGAAGAGCAUCCCUCCAUCUUUCAAUCUCCUCUUCGUCUGGUGAGGAAGGCCAAGAUGAAGAUGGUGGUGUGUCACGUGACCCUCCUGGAUGGGACUGACUUCUCCUGUGAGGUGGAGAAACGAGCCAAGGGCCAUUACCUCUUCUUUAAGACGUGUGAACACCUUAAUCUACUGGAGAAAGACUAUUUUGGUCUAACCUACAAAGACAGCCACGAACAGAGGUGUUGGUUGGACCCCACCAAGGAAAUCAAGCGACAGAUUCGCAGUAACAACUGGCAGUUUGCAUUCAAUGUUAAAUUCUACCCUCCUGAUCCCUCACUGCUUACUGAGGACCUUACCAGGUACCUGUUAUGCCUCCAGCUCCGUGAAGAUGUGGCGUCAGGUCGACUACCCUGCUCAUUUGUCACUCACGCUCUGCUGGGGUCAUACACACUGCAGGCAGAGUUUGGCGACUAUGAGCCUGACCAACCUCGGCCUCUGGACAGCAUCAGUCAGCUGACCUUCGCACCCAAUCAGAACAAAGAGAUGGAGGAGAAGAUUCUAGAGCUCCACAAGUCCCACAGGGGAUUGACACCAGCACUGGCAGAUACCCAAUUUCUAGAAAAUGCCAAGAAACUUUCCAUGUAUGGCGUGGACUUGCACCAUGCUAAGGAUUCAGAGGGCGUAGACAUCAUGCUAGGUGUGUGUGCCAACGGCCUCCUGGUGUACAAAGACCGACUUCGGAUUAACCGUUUUGCCUGGCCUAAAAUCCUCAAGAUUUCCUACAAGAGGAACAACUUUUACAUUAAGAUAAGACCAGGAGAGACAGAGCAGUUUGAGAGUACGGUGGGAUUCAAACUCCCAAAUCAUCGAUCCGCCAAAAGACUGUGGAAAGUCUGCGUGGAGAAUCACAGCUUCUUCAGGUUAAACACACCAGAACCUCCUACCAAGGCCCGGUUCUUGACUUUGGGCUCUAAGUUCCGCUACAGCGGCCGCACCCAGACCCAGACUCGCCUGGCCAGCUCACUCAUAGACAGACCAGCACCCAACUUUGACCGCACAUCAUCUAAACGCAUCAGCCGCAGUCUUGAUGGAGCACCAGUGAUAAGCAUAACUGAGGCCGGCAGGGUCUCCAGCCCCACCUCUCUGACGGGAGCUGGGAAUGGACGCGAGCCUACCCUGGAGCUCCACUCUGACUCUAAGAGCCCAUUGAGAGUGCAUGGGGACAAUAUAUAUGUGAGGCACAGUAAUUUAAUGUUGGAGGACCAUGAUAAGACCCAGGAGGAGGUGCUGAAACACCAGGCUAGCAUUAGCCAGCUAAAACGCUCCUUUAUGGAGGCGCCACCUCCCUCGCCUCCCCAGCCCAACCAGUGGGAAAAGCGCCUCACCUCCUCCCCUGCCACAACGCUACGCAUUCAGCAGCAACAAGGGGUGAGUGUGACCCAAACAGAGGCUACUCCUGCGGAUGAUGCAAACUUCUCUGACACCAAAGAACUCGGAAAGACAACCGAGGUUGAAAUAGAGGAGACCGUUGUUAUUCAAGAGGUUUCCAAGGCAACCAAACCAGCUGUUGUCACUGUUACCGCUAGCCCCUCUCCCGCAGCACCGCCACAGCGGGAGGUUAGCGAACAGGAAGUAAAGGCCGCAGAGGAAGCGACGCUCCAAGAGGCAAAGGGAGGGAAGCAGGAGAGCGUUUCAUCUGAGAGUGAGAGUGAGGAAGAGGCAGAAUACCACCCAAACGUCCCCUCGUCCAUCUCUCACACGCAAAUACCAGAGGAGAAGGAAGAGGAGGAGGAGGAGGGGGAGGCAGAAAGGGAGCAAGAGGAAGACAAGAGUAUUGGGAACACUGUCGCAUCCCAAGAAGCUCCCCUUGUUCCUGUUGAGGUGAGUCCCUCAGCAGAGGCAUCCUCUGGUGAAGGAGAAAAGUCAAGAACAGAAGGAAAAGAGGAGGGAGAAGGGGAGACAGAGGAAAGCACAGAAGAUCCAAUGGUGACACCUGAUGAAGCACCCAAUGGCCACGCUCUUCCCGAGGAAGGAAUAACCGGUUUGAUUGCUCUGGCAGAGGAAGAGGAGACGCCUAAGGUGAACGGAGAUGCCUCGUUGGCUGAGGCAGAGCGACGACCACAGGUUAUCUGUUGCUCUGAGCCGCCAGUGGUAAAGACAGAGAUGGUGACCAUAUCGGACACGUUUGCAGCCCAGAAAACUGAGAUAGCAACGAAAGAAGUGCCCAUCGUACACACGGAGACCAAGACCAUCACAUACGAAGCAGCACAGUUGGACGGUAGUGGGGAUGGUGAACCUGGAGUUUUGAUGACGGCGCAGACAAUCACAUCUGAAUCUCUGUGUACAACUACAACUACACACAUUACCAAGACACUAAAAGGCGGCCUGUCGGAGACGAGGAUUGAGAAACGCAUCGUCAUCACUGGAGACUCUGACAUCGACCAUGACCAGGCUUUGGCCCAGGCCAUUAAGGAGGCCAAAGAGCAACAUCCUGACAUGUCAGUCACCAGAGUGGUGGUUCAUAAAGAAACUGAACUGGCUGAGGAGGAGGAUUGACUGAAUCCAGAGCUGAAGGGCCUGUUGUGACACUUUUCUUUGUUGAAGUUUAACGACCUUCAUCACCCAACAACGACCAACCUUGACUGACUGAGGAGGAGGAGGAGGAGGAGGAGGAGAGAAAAUGAGAGGAGUAUCCAAUAAGAGGAGGCGAGGGAGGGGAAACGGAUGGAUCAAAGAGGUGUAGGAGACCAGGAAGACGAAGGAAGAAACAAACAAUGGAGAAAGAGCGAGCAUUUCUUCCUGGUCUGUCUGUCUUACAUGUCUGUGGUGCAUCUAAACCCCUCACUGCAAAAUGAAGAAAAAGAUAUAAAAAAAAAUCCUCACUCUUUCUGAAGAAAAAAAGAACCACUUUGUUAGCUUAACAUUUGUAGUGUUAUAUUUUUACUAGUGAUUUUUUUUCUUUCUUUUACCGUUUGUUUUACAGAAGAUAAAUUGUCUCUGCCAUUUAUUGCUACGAUAAAACCUGUCGGGAUUCACAAAUACCAACCCUGGUAUGAGACUUCUGGCCAAAACAGGCGGUUGCCCUGCUGAGAAUUGGCACCAGUGCUAAAAUUCAACACCGAGGGCUUUGUGGAAGACUAAGAGGUCUGUGUGAAGAUGCAGAGAUUUCUGCCUGUUUUCACACACUGAAGGCUGUUUGCUCUCAUUUAAUGGGGUAAAGGACUAUCUCAGUCAUCCUUGUCCAAUAAUAUCAAAACAAGUAAGUCUCUUAAGUCAAGUGUAAAUCUAUACAGUUUUGUAUAAAUAAUGGGUCAGCUUGGUAUUGGUAUCGGUCAAUUCUUCAAACGUAGUACUUGGAACAUGUAGCAGUAGAGGAUAAAUGGUAUUGGUGAAUCCCUUAAAACAGCAACACUUAAAACGUGCUACGAGGAGUGUUGGAUUUUUGGACUUUGGCGGCCUCACUGCAGACGGACGCAGUAGCAAAAACAACUCGCAUCUACAGUCGUCCUCUGAUAGUUUUAUGCAUCAGUUGUGAGGAGAAGAGAGCAAUGUAGUGGUGUUUUGUGGAAGAAAAAAAAAGAAAAAGAAAAGGAUGUUUGCAAGGUAUACAGAGAUGAGGUUAUGGAUCUCUUAACUGGCUAUGUGCCCCGUCUGUGUGCCAGUCUGACCUGCAGACAAGCAUUUGGAAUCUUUACGCAGCAAUAGCUCAUCUUUUUUGCCAAUGGUCUCAUUUGCUUAUGUCAGUGGUAUAGAGGCAUGAAAAUGAUACUGAGGACUGAUAAAUGGUCCGUGAAAACUCCUCGUAGUGACUCUAAAUUACAGCUCCCGCUUUUCCUUCAACACGGUCAUUUGAAAAUAGGGGGGGGAAACAACAACAGUGACUGUACCAAAACUGAAGCUGACUGUAUAUAAACAUACAUACUUUUCCUCAAUUUAUGUAUCAUACAUAAAAUUGUGCAAACACUCACAUGCACUGAUUGCAAUAGAAACAAAAAAACAGUUGUUAAAGAAAAAAAGAGAGAGCUGUGAUUCAAAACUUUGCCGUAAAACAAAUCAAUUAAUCGACUAGGUUUUCAGAUUUUAUGAUUACAGGAUUUUCUUUUUCGUUGUUAAGGUUGAAUUGACGUUAUUCAACCACAUUCCUUGUAUGUUGACUAGUGGCUGACGUCAGUUUCUUUUCAUUUCAGUUGAGAAAAAAAAACAUUUUAGAUCUGGUAAAGUUGUCAGUCGUGAGAUGAUGGCAUGGUUUACAUUUGUUUUCAUUCCACGUUGGAAUGGAAAUGGUGCGGGUGACAGAUUUACUCAUUCAUUCAUUCUCCAAACCGCUCAGGGUCACGGGGAUGCUGGAGCCUAUCCCAGCAGUCAUUGGGCGGCAGGCGGGGAGACACUGUGGGUGACAGAUAUACAUUACAAAGUAUUUGUAAGUGCAUGCUCUUUUUUUCUUUUCUAAAGUGAAUUCACAAGUUUAGAUUUACCUACAGAAUUCAAUUGAAUUGAGAAUUGAUUGACUUCCGAGCUAGCGGCUACUUUUUAUGUGCAGUAAAUCUGAAGGUUAUUGGUUACUGGGAGUGGUAAGCAGCGUUUUACUGGUCAGGCUCUCUCUCCCAGUACCCAUCAACUGUCUUGCACCAGCUGUUUUGUUCCAGCUGUGGGAAAGAGAGCGGAUCAUAAUAAAUUCAGUUUGGGAGAAAGGAUCAGUAAAGACCGGGAGGCUCCUGGGGAAAAGGUGGCGCUGUUUUAACAGUAAUCAGCAGUGCCAGAUAGCAACCUCUGCUUAGGGUUGAAACACAAUUGGACAGUGAUGCAGACAGGACUGGAGGCACAGCAGUGGAUUUUAUAAUCCCAUGUUGCAAGUCAAAACUACGGUUCAUAUGUUUUUCAAUAGGUUUACACCACCGUUGAAAUACACUGAAAGGUGAAAGUAACACAAUAAUUUAGUUAGAUUCCUGCCUCAAAGCACAACGAACUUAUCAGGUGUGUUUUAUUACCAGCGCUACUAUCGUAAUAAACUAUCCGAAUAUUGUUUUUGGACCGCAACUUAUGUCAGAGCCAAAACUGGAAGUGAAUUGCAUCAUAGGAGGAGGAUGCUACUGAUACCGGAUGAGACUGUGGUGGAUGAAAUCUGUUAGCACGCCUCUGCAUAAAGCCUGUACGUCCUCAUUGCUCACUACAUGAUUUUACUCCCAUCUUCAGACCAGACCGGACACAGGACAGCAAACCCCGCUUAGAUACAAGUCUGCUGGGCCUUGACUUAGGUUCAAACUCUCUGGGAGUUUUUGUGAUUAAUCACAUGUAGAUAUAUAUAGUACAGUUAUCUUACAAGAGCGUCCUUGGUACAUGUAGAAAAGACGGCUGACUGCAUUUGGACUCGGUCGAGUUGUCUGGGCUGACUGAGGCUGAUUUGUGUCUGAGUUAAAGUUUAUAUCUGGUGUCAACGUGGUGCGUUGACAUAUGAAACACUAGAAGAUUGGUUGCUUUUAGUGAGAUACACUAUAUUUGACCUGUUAGGCUUUUUGGUCUUUUUUUUUUAUACCCGUUGUGUAACUGCGACCAUUUAUUCUGUAUAAUUUUACAUAAAAUCUUGUAUGUUUUUAAAAUCUCACCAUUAACGCUCAGUGUUAAAAAAAAAAAAAAACAAGCAGCAUAAAGAAAACCAUCUUUACUCUCCCAGUCAAUGUGCACAGCCUUCCCAGAUUUUGGCAAAAGUAAAAUUGAAAUGACUUUUACAACACUUACAACAGGGAAACGCUACCAGAAGGGAAGUGCAUCUAUUUCCUGUUUUUUUUUUUUUACUACAAAUUGAUAGAAUUGUAUUUAAAAAUGCGCUUUUGUAAUUUACAUGGAUUUAAAUGCGUUUCAUUUAAGUUUUCAACUGCCUUGGAUUUAUAUUCGAGAAGAACGACACGCUGAUUAUGAGCAGAAAAGUACGGCGGAUAAACGAGCAAACGGUUCAUCAGCCACAGCCUCUGGCCUGGCCGGAGCGGGAAAUUAAAGUGGGGUGGCGUCUUCCAUUGGCGGAAAUGAAACAUUCAUUCAGGUCUGACCUCUACUAUGCAGUUAUGUGACAUUCCAGAGGGGGAGGACACACACACACACACACACACACACACACACACACACACACACACACACACACACACACACACACACACACAAAAAAACUAGGCAGCUUGGAAAAUGUUCCAAAAUGAUAACGAUGAUAAUAAAAAAAAAAAAAAACUUUUCCAAAAGCAUCGGUUAUAUCACAAAAUUAUAUUUGUAGCAGUUUUUUCGUUUUGUUUUUGAAUCUUUUUUUUGUGUCCUUCUCUGUGAAACUGAUCUAGUCGUCGACGGGUGGGAUUUGUCGCAUCCCCUCCUGGACAUUUUUUUUUAAUAUAUUUUGUUUUGUUUUGUGCGAUGAGUGUUCUGACCGCUGGAGAGAGAGAGCACCGGUAAAUAAAUGAAGCGUCUGCCGUCGUUCCCUCUGUAUCCCGAGCAACACUCCCUUAACAGGCUCGAGCUCCGCGUCGACCUCCACACAUAGCUAUAUUUGGGAGUGGCCGCCACUCCCAAAUAUAGCUAUGCGUUCAGCUCUUUUUACACUAAUUUGUCUUGAAGUGUAUGUCAAGACCCAAAAAAAAGAAGAAAAAAAAACUGUUACACGAUUGCUAUUUUGCAACCUGAUAUCUUUAUGAAAACUAGCAACUUUUGUAAAACAAGACAGCAAUUAGUAUCAUACUUGCAGUGUUGACUGUUGGGAGAUUUCAACGGUGCCACGGUCCUAACCCCAAUACUACUCCACAGCCAUUUACCUGACAACGCCGACAGUGUUGGUCAUUUUAAUUGUGAUACUGACAUCAAAUACCGUUUUGUAUUUGAUUCACACACAUCCUGGUUCAUGGGAAGGAGCUCAAAAUACGCUUCCCUGAGAUCUUCCGUUUCUUGUCUUUUUGCAACCUAGCUAAACGUUCUGUGUAGGCAGGAUAUUUUUCUAUAUCUGGCUCUGGCUUUAAGCGGAAACAUGGCAGCAGUUUUAAAAGGCAAAUAGAACUGGUUGAGUUUUGUUUAUUUAUGUUUUUCAUACAGCGAUACGUUAAGCUUUGUACUGCAGUAAACCUGGUCAGAAUCAUUCUUCACAGAAGAUCAGCUUUUUUGUAUGUCAUUCAACCAUUAUAGUCCACAUUUGUGCUCAACUUUGCAGAAAUCAAAUUCCUCCACAAAAAUUUUGUAAACUGCAAAGUGAGUUUUGGAAAACCAGCCACCUGUUUUGGGUACUAUUGGAAGCUUUGGCCCCUCUGUUGGCCCAUAGUACUCUGGAGCAGCCCAAUAACAGCUCACGGUUCCCAGCUUUAGCCAACCAAUUGUCACGUGUUUUUUUUUUUUUUUUUUUUAAUGAAGCAUCUUAAUAAAGUGUCUUGUGUGCCCCGGCCCCAUUCCCCACACAGCCACUCCUACCCUGUGUAACACUGUUAAAAUAAAGGAUUGUUAUACUCUGAAAGCCAUAUGAUUCUGUUUCAUUUAUUCUCAAGUUCAUCUCUGGAUGUCAUCACGCACUGGUAUGGUGGUUGACACUGCUGGGUGUAGCAGUGUUUUGGCCUUCCCGAAGCCAUUAUUACUUGUUAAUAUGACUCGUUAAUAGUGGCAGGGGUUGCUGAAUGGUAGCGAUUAAA